UCCACAAAAAGUCAAUAAACCUUAUAUUCCCGUCUUCACAUACUCAUCGAAACCUGAAUACUUGUUAGAAAGCAGAAGCUGAGUUCAGGGCGGUACUUUCACUUUGCCCCCAAGACAACUUUAAAGUAAGUCAGCAGCCGGAAGAGAAAUAAAACACAGGAACCAUACACAUACACCACUAAGCUAUUAUAGUUGUCUCUACGGGUUACUGUAGUGACAGACACCGCAAUUCACCGGGGAGUUGAGGCUAAAAGUGAAAGUAGUGAUUCUUGAAAAUGACUCCGGUUAAGAUGGACGUGCGGACGUAUUUGUCCCGCAUUGGGUUCACCGGCCCAGCUGAGCCCAGCCUGCAGGUGCUGCGGUCGGUUCACACCUGUCACCUGCUGUCGGUGCCGUUUGAAAACCUCACGGUGCACAGCGGCGGACGGGUCCAACUACACCCUCCUCUUCUUUACGACAAGAUCGUGAACCAGCGCCGGGGCGGGUUCUGCUUUGAGAACAACGGGCUCUUCUCCUGGCUGCUCCACGAACUGGGCUUCCAGGCCACCGUGCUCGCAGGCCAGGUGAAGAGCUUGAUCACGGGUCGCUACGGGCCCCCUUUCGACCAUCUGAUCCUCAUGGUGGCCCUCGAUGGGCAGCGCUGGCUGUGCGACGUCGGGUUUGGUGGCCCGGGUUUCAGCGCCCCUCUCUCGCUGGACACCAGUGGCCCCCAGGAGCAGGGCCACAGAGUGUACCGCAUCAGAAAGGACGCGGGGAUGCUGUUCCUGGAGUGGCAGCGGGAGGAGAACCGAGGGCCGGAUGGAGACUGGGCAGAGGUCUACAAGUUCACCCUUGAACCUCGGUGUAUGGAGGACUUUGCGGAGAUGUGCGAGUACCACCAGAGCUCUCCCUGCUCCAUCUUCUUCUGCAAGACCCUCUGCACGGUUUUAAAACCAGGAGGGAGGCUCACCUACAUCGGCCGCAGACUGAUCAGCACCACGUUUCCAACAGGUGGAACAGGGGGGGAGGUGGAAACCACGACCAGGGAGCUCAAAGACGAGGAGAUCCCGGGUAUUCUAGCAGAGAAAUUUGGAGUCGUGCUACAUUCUCCACUCAUACCGAAGGACGAGGCGAUCACACCGCCACCAGUCCUGUAUUGAUCACGCUUCCUCAUGGGAGAUCUUUACCUCCUUAGGCAUUAUAUGAAGAACCUUGUCAUUGAGAGGUUAGACCUGCAACGAUUAAUCAACUAAUCGAUUAGUUGAUUGACAGAAAAUUAAUGUUUUGAUAAUUAAUUAAUCAAUGUCAUUUUUAAUGCAAAAUAUAUUGAGAUUUCUUUGUUUUAUAUCUUAUUAGACUUAACAUUUUGGGGUCUUAAACAUCAUUGGACUCUGAGAAACGGGUGGACUAUUUUCCGACAUUUUAUAGACCAAACAAUCAAUUGAUUAAUCUAGACAAU